UUAUUGCCAUUGAAAAAGAUUAUAUUGAUAAAGAACUUAGUGAUAUAAAAGGUUAUGAAAUUAUUAAAUCGUUCUUCUCCAUGGCAGUUAAAGAAAAGAAUUUUACUUAUAUUUUAAAAGCACUUACGGCUGAAACGGAUUUUUUAAAAAGUCUAAAUGUUAGUCUGAUUGAUUGA